GCGCCGGGGUAUCUCCCCUCCCUCGCCUCGCGCCGGCGGCGCCAUCGCCAUCGCCAUCGGCCCAUCGCCAUGCAGCGGCUGCUCGCGAGCUCGCUCGUGGCGGCCGCCCCGCGGUGGCUCCCCGUCGCCGACUCGUUGCUCCGGCACCGCCGCCCUCGGCGGUCCCCGCUUCCCAUGCUGCUAUUUAACAGGAGAUCUUGGUCUAAACCAAGGAAAGUCUCACGAGGCAUUUCCAUGGCGUCUAGGAAGGUGAACAAACAGGAGGAUAUCUGCAAUGAAGGCAUGCUACCACAUAUCCUCUGGUGGAAAGAGAAAAUGGAGAGGUGCAGGAAACCAUCAUCAAUGCAAUUGACUGAGAGACUUGUAUAUUCAAAUAUUUUAGGAUUGGAUCCAACUUUAAGAAAUGGAAGCUUGAAGGAUGGCAGCCUGAACACAGAAAUGUUGCAAUUCAAAUCGAAGUUUCCACGUGAAGUUCUACUUUGCAGAGUGGGAGAUUUCUAUGAGGCCGUUGGGUUUGAUGCAUGUAUCCUUGUGGAGCAUGCAGGCUUAAAUCCUUUUGGAGGCUUGCGUUCUGACAGUAUUCCAAAAGCUGGGUGUCCAGUCAUGAAUUUGCGGCAAACAUUGGAUGACUUAACUCGAUGUGGUUACUCUGUGUGCAUAGUAGAGGAAAUUCAAGGCCCAACCCAAGCUCGUGCUAGGAAAGGUCGAUUUAUUUCUGGCCAUGCGCAUCCUGGCAGUCCUUAUGUAUUUGGUCUUGCUGAAGUUGACCAUGAUGUUGAGUUUCCUGAUCCAAUGCCUGUAGUUGGGAUUUCACGAUCUGCAAAAGGCUAUUGCUUGACUUCUGUGCUAGAGACAAUGAAAACAUAUUCAGCUGAGGAGGGCUUAACAGAGGAAGCUGUAGUUACUAAGCUUCGCAUAUGCCGUUAUCAUCAUCUAUACCUUCAUAGUUCUUUGAGGAAUAAUUCUUCAGGCACAUCACGCUGGGGGGAGUUCGGUGAAGGGGGGCUAUUGUGGGGCGAGUGCAGUGGAAAAUCUUUUGAGUGGUUUGAUGGUAAUCCUAUUGAAGAAUUGCUGUGCAAGGUAAAGGAAAUAUAUGGGCUUGAAGAUAGGACUGUUUUCCGUAAUGUCACUGUUUCAUUGGAAGGGAGACCUCAACCUUUAUAUCUUGGAACGGCUACACAAAUUGGAAUGAUACCAACUGAGGGAAUACCAAGUUUGCUAAAGAUGGUUCUCCCUCCAAACUUUGGUGGCCUUCCAUCAUUGUACAUUAGAGAUCUUCUUCUUAAUCCUCCAUCUUUUGAUGUUGCGUCAUCGGUUCAAGAGGCUUGCAGGCUAAUGGGUAGCAUAACUUGCUCGAUUCCUGAAUUUACAUGCAUAUCAGCCGCAAAGCUUGUGAAAUUACUUGAGUCAAAAGAGGUUAAUCACAUCGAAUUCUGUAGAAUAAAGAAUGUUCUAGAUGAGGUAUUGUUCAUGAGUAGCAAUGCUGAGCUUUCUGCUAUCCUGAACAAAUUGCUUGAUCCUGCCGCCAUAGUUACUGGGUUGAAAGUUGAAGCCGAUAUCCUGGUCAAUGAAUGUAGCUUUAUUUCACAACGUAUAGCUGAAGUAAUAUCUUUAGGUGGUGAAAGUGACCAGGCAAUAACUUCAUCUGAAUAUAUUCCCAAAGAGUUCUUCAAUGAUAUGGAGUCAUCUUGGAAGGGACGUGUAAAAAGAGUGCAUGCUGAAGAGGAGUUUUCAAAUGUUGAUAUAGCUGCUGAGGCACUGUCAACAGCGGUCAUUCAAGAUUUUUUGCCAAUUGUUUUAAGAGUAAAAUCUGUGAUGUCAUCAAAUGGAAGUCCGAAGGCAGAAAUUUGUUAUGCAAAAGAACAUGAAGCUGUUUGGUUUAAAGGGAAGCGAUUCACACCAAAUGUGUGGGCCAACACUCCUGGUGAACAACAGAUAAAGCAAUUGAAGCCUGCAAUUGACUCGAAAGGUAGAAAGGUUGGAGAAGAAUGGUUCACCACUAUCAAAGUUGAGAAUGCUUUAACCAGGUACCAUGAUGCUUGUGAUAAGGCAAGAUGUAAAGUUCUUGAGUUGCUGAGAGGACUUUCAAGUGAAUUGCAGGACAAGAUUAAUAUACUUGUCUUCUGCUCAACGUUACUCAUCAUAACAAAGGCACUUUUUGGUCAUGUUAGUGAAGGACGAAGAAGGGGCUGGGUGUUUCCUACUAUAUCCCCCUUAUGUAAGGAUAACGGUACAGAGGAAAUCUCAAGUAAAAUGAAAUUAUUAGGAACUUUUCCUUACUGGCUUGAUACUAACCAAGGGAAUGCAAUACUGAAUGAUGUCCAUAUGCACUCUUUGUUUAUUCUUACUGGUCCAAAUGGUGGUGGUAAAUCCAGUAUGCUGAGAUCAGUUUGUGCUGCUGCAUUACUCGGAAUAUGUGGCCUGAUGGUGCCAGCUGCUUCAGCUGUGAUCCCACAUUUUGAUUCCAUCAUGCUGCAUAUGAAAUCCUAUGAUAGCCCAGCUGAUGGCAAAAGCUCAUUUCAGAUUGAAAUGUCAGAGAUACGAUCUUUAGUCUGCCGAGCUACAGCUAGUAGUCUUGUUCUAAUUGAUGAAAUAUGUAGGGGCACAGAAACAGCAAAAGGAACAUGUAUAGCUGGUAGCAUCAUUGAAAGACUCGAUAAUGCUGGCUGCAUAGGCAUCAUAUCAACUCAUUUGCAUGACAUUUUUGACCUUCCCUUGUCACUCCACAAUACUGAUUUCAAAGCUAUGGGAACAGAAGUCAUCGAUGGGUGCAUUCAGCCAACAUGGAAAUUAAUGGAUGGCAUCUGUCGAGAGAGUCUCGCUUUUCAAACAGCCAGGAAAGAAGGUAUGCCUGACUUGAUAAUUAGAAGAGCUGAGGAACUAUAUUCGGUUAUGAGCACAAACAACAAGCAGACAUCUACUGUCCACCAUGAACCAUCCAUAGCCAUCUCUACUGUAAAUAGCUUGGUUGAGAAGCCUGAUUACCUGAGAAAUGGACUAGAGCUUCAAUCGGGUGCCUUUGGACUACUAAGAGAAGUUGAGUGUGUUGUUACCACAAUAUGCAAGAAGAAACUGUUGGACCUCUACAACAAAAGAAAAAUCGCAGAAAUGAUUGAGGUGGUCUGUGUUGCUGUAGGUGCUAGGGAGCAACCUCCACCUUCAACUGUUGGCAGGUCUAGCAUUUAUAUAAUUAUCAGACGUGACAACAAACUGUAUGUUGGGCAGACGGAUGAUCUUGUGGGUCGUCUGAGUGCUCACAGAUCGAAGGAAGGUAUGCAGGAUGCCACGAUAUUAUAUAUUUUGGUACCUGGCAAGAGCAUUGCAUGCCAACUGGAAACUCUUCUCAUAAAUCAGCUACCUUUGAAAGGUUUCAAGCUCAUCAAUAAGGCUGAUGGGAAGCAUCGAAAUUUUGGUAUAGCUCUAGUCUCUGGGGAGGCCAUUGCAGCACAGUGAGCCCGCUGAAAAUCUAAUGUACUAACUCUUUUAGAAGAUGCAGUCCAGUCGAACUCUAGGGGAGUGCAUCCUGAUCCCAUUUGGUUGCGUUCCAUAGGUGGCAGGAGCAAAUUGAUACAAUCUUCCCUGAAUGCCUGCCCCAAUUUUGUUUACCUGGUAGUGGUGCCAUCAUUGUGCAUAGUAGGGGCCCUUCUUCCGCGUGGAAGAACUUAUGUUGCGAAAUGCGAUGUGUGGCUUAAUUCCGGUAUCAUUUGUGGUACAUGAAUCAUGAUUCGCUACAGAUGACUGGAUUUACUGAUGAUACUUUGGCUACGAAUCCUCUUAUCUGCAAAUUCCCAAAUAUUCUCUGGGGAGACUGCACGCUUGCAAAAUUCUGGUUAUCAAAA